ACCCUAAACAACGAAAACAACCGAACGCUUGUCUGCCUAUCUCACUGGACGCUACAUUCGACAUAGGAGAGAAACACAAGGGAACUACACAGAGCGAGAGAACUACACAGAGCAAAGGAACUGCACAAAGGGAGACGUAGAGACUGCAUCAAGAAACUUGACUCAGAAGCAAAACGCUCCCAACCCCAGUAUCAUGACAUCCUCGCCUGCCAAGGCCAACUACAAAUGGUGGGAAACUGAUGACAAGACCAAGCGUCUCUACACGGAACUGAUCGCCGAGAAGCUCAGCAAAUCCAGUCCAAAGAAAACCAAACCAGCUCUGACCAGGUCCUUGAGCGACGUCAACUUCCGGGCUCGAAGCUCACACAUCAACCGGGAAAAACUCAACCCAACAAGUGACCCUGAGAUCCCGUCCAGUAGUCCAAAUGACAACCAUCUUCCAGGAAGUCCAGGUGAACAGCCUUUCAGCCCAAGAAACUACCAGACAACAGCCGGUAGCGGGAACCUCGGUGCUGCACUGCUCAGUCCAGCGAAGAAGUACACAUUUGAAACUAUAACGAUGGACACACUCGCCAAAUAUGAGUACAUCAAAAGCCCGAAAAAGGUGCGUUCUGUGCCUUGCAGCCCUGCAUCUUCCCGCUUGGCAAGCCCAUCAUCAUCAUCGCCACUCGCAUCAUCCUCAUCAUCAUCGCCACUCGCAUCAUCAAGUAGCUCCGAGGGAGAAAAUGAAGAGGAAAAAAACUCAGCGCUUCCUGGAAGUCCACGUAACUAUGGGUUACCAAAAGCCACGGGCCUGAGCAAAGGGAAAUGGAGUUGGAAUGUUAUGACACCGACAAAAACGGGACAAAACGCGUCACCAUCAUCAUCAUCAUCCCCACUGCCUUCAUCAUCAAGCAGCUCCGAAGAAGAGACCGAGAAGAGAGAUUCUUUCUUUCUAGGGAGUCCUCGCAACUACGGGUCACCUAAAGCGACGGGAACAGGUAAGGGAGAGUGGAAGUGGAACUCAAAGUCACCGGCCACGACAGAGAACAGCACGUUUCAUUCGUCUUCAUCGUCGCAACUCACAUCACGUGGAGGCUCGGAGGAAGGGUACGCAAAGAAGGAUUCUUCGUCCUUAGAAAGUACUAGUAAGUAUGGAAACGGCUUGCAAAGAUCGAGCAGUCUUACUAAAGGAAAAUGGAGCUGGAAUGUGACGACGCCUAAGACAGAUCAAAAUAACAACACUCAACCUUCUAGAAAUGCCAUCCAGACGAGCCUUAGAACUCCAACCAAGCCUGAUAACAGCCAGGAGAAGACAAAGGGCUUUGACUCGAGCAGCUGGAUGAAGCCCAACCCAAGAUUCAUGUUCAUGGCAUCAUCACCGGAAAGGAAGAAAUUUGGAGACGAAGCGAGGGCUUCAUGCAAGGAUGCUUCAGAGGAAGAGCCAAUGACGGAGCGCAAGAGCAAAGAGAAGUCAUCGGCGAUGCUGAGGAAACACGAGGAAGUCCCCGAGUACAAGGCGUCGGGAGAAAGCUCCACCGAUGAUAGCGGUACAGAGGAGAACACGCUUAAUGUUAAUGCCUUGGAGAAACUCCUCACUAAAAAGGAUGAAAGUGGCGAAACGGAGAGAUCUGGUAGUAAAGCUCAAACUAGAGAUAUGUCUAAAGAAUUGGAUAUCUCAGAAAUCAACAAAAAAUUUCAGUCGCUCUGUGAGGAGGUGGAGCAGCUUGAAUUCAAAAUGUACGAGUUUUCGGACGAUAUUCAUAAGCUCAAGAUGUCCAUGGGGAUGAAAGAGUCGUCAGAGGCCAAUCAGGUUGAGUACGACAGGGUAGGUUUGGCGUCUGUUGAAGGCAAACAGCGCUACAAACACUCGUUCACAUUUGCAGCAGGCAAGGACCUUCUUGCUGACCACCAGACAGCGCAUGCGCUGUUGAUGAGGAAGCACGCCUCGCCUUGCAAGUCACCAAGAGCUGUGAAAAUGCUACUGGACGCGGGAAUGGAGAAAGAGAUCACGGAAUCAGAGAAGCGAAGGGAUAAAGAGCUGGAGGAGCAGAUGAAGAAGAUUAAUGAGACAGAGAUGUCUAGUGAAGAGAUUCAGAAGCUUUUAAAAGCAGCUAGGCUCAAGUAUGAAAACCCGAACUUCCUAGAGGAGAGAGGAAUCAAGAUAAAAACCGAGAGAACGAAAGGUUGAGAUAUCUCAAAUCAAUAUUGGAAACCGACAGAACGUAUGGUUGAGAUAUCUCAAAUCAACACUGGAAACCAAGAGAGCGACACGGUGAAAUGUCUAAAA